AUGGUAGCGCAAGGUAUAUGGGCGAAGCUGGCGACCUUUCGCCGCCAAUACUUCCAACUUGUCGACCCCUCGCAGCUAAGGUGGCUUGAAAGCAACACUCUCAAAAAUCCGGAGGUGCAGUCCUGGAUCUACAAACACCUAUUCGAUACAAAAGGGCAUUCAACUCUACCUCCAGAUCGAUAUCGUCUCAGGGUACUCAAGGUACUGAUAUCAAAGCUUGAAAAAGCAAUCGAACAACCCGAUGAGGAUGCAAUUUCUGAUGAUCUCAUGGAAGCGCUUUCUUCUAUUGUCGGAUCCAACAUCUUGUCCGAGUCCGAGUCAGCUCAACAGAAAGCAUACGUGACUUACGCAUUUCCACGUCAUAAUGCAGACGACGGCAUUGUUAACGACAACUCGGUGACGCUGCUCGAAUCCCGUUCUGUGGUUUCAUCAUCGGGAACUACAGGAUUGCGUACUUGGGAAGCCGCACUGCUUCUCGGGCAAUUCCUCUCUACUGAUCGCGGAAAGACGAUGGUCAAUGGGAAGAGAGUGUUUGAACUCGGAGCCGGCACAGGCAUGCUAUCGAUCCUAUGUGCGAAGCAUCUCGGUGUAUCCGGCAUCGUCUCGACAGACGGCGACGAAGCAGUAGUGGACGCGAUCAAGACCAACAUUUUUCUCAACGUACUUGACGCGUCCCGAACCGCAGUAAACACAGCUGCGUUGAGGUGGGGACGGUCCCUCAGUAGCAGCACGUUUUUAGAAGAUUAUGGGAUGGACAUACCUGAAGUGCUCGUAGGAGCUGAUGUGACAUACGAUUCCACUAUUAUUCCGGCUCUUGUUUCGUCGAUGAGGGAAUUCUUCGAGCUGAAUGCCGCACUCCAAAUCCUGGUCGCUGCAACCAUACGCAACGAACAAACGUUCGAGACCUUUUUGAACGCGUGUAGACGAAACCGCUUCACGCUGCAACAAAUCGACUUCGCACCACUUCCUGAGCCGCUCCAGGAUGGUCCUUUCUAUCCGACAGCAACGCCGAUUCAGAUCUGGCGAAUAACGAGGGCGCACACCACGCAGGACCCGUUCGCUUUCUGA